CCGAUACUCAGCUUCUUCCCUCAGCUCCUCCGUCCUCCUCCGAUCUGAAAAUACUCCCACUCUAAUCUAUAGCCAUCGCCACCGUGUGUCUAUCUCUUCCUACGCCGUCUCUUUCCCUCUAUUUCCGUUUUUCACUUUGCGAUCUAACAAAGUCCGUGAGGUUUUCGAUCUCUCUAUCUAUUUAAUUUCACACCUUUACCUGAUUUUCUCGCUAGGGUUUCUCAAAAACGACUUCAUACUUUUCUCGUAGGAGUCAAGUCAUUGUUCACUGUUUAAAUUCAUUUUUGGUUCUAUAUAUGAAUGAUUUCUAGGUUUUGUUUGUUUGCCUGGACACAAUCCUAGGAAAACAAUCCAAAAGUGGUCUCAAAUGUUUUUUUGGGUUUACAGUCUGUUUGUUGCGAUUAUGUGUGGCGAGAUUUUGGCUACAAUUUUGUUAAACCUGUGUUUUGGAUAAUUUGUUUUGAGUUGAAUUGUGUAUUGCUACGUUGCAGACCCCGUACUGCUCUUUUUUGGUGUUAGCUUGCACAUAUUUGUUUCUGCAUAGUUGUUAUUUCGGUUUUUUUGGUAUUGUUAGGUUAAUUUGAAGAUUUUAUCAUUCAAACAUUUCAUGUCUGAAUUGGUUCAAUGAGAGUAGAAAAUGCCCAUUUUUCAUGAGCCAUAAAUUCUAUGCACAAUUAAUCUGUGUAAUAUAUAUGGGACUGGAUUUAUUCUGCAGGAGAUUGGAUUUGGCACAACUUCAUAGAAACCUUUUUUUGAUUUGUGUUUGUCUGUUGCAAUAUAUGUGGUUGAUUCAAUCUACUUGUCCUUUUCUUUUCAGGCUGUUCUCAGUUUGUUUGGAUGACAUUGCCAAAAAAUUUGAAUUAUGACGUCAAGUAUGCUAUCUGGAGAGAGGAGAUGGGCUUCUGCAAGAAGAAGUGGCAUGACUGUUUUGGGGAAAGUUGCUGUUCCAAAGCCAAUUAACUUACCCAGCCAAAGGUUAGAAAAUCAUGGCCUGGACCCUAAUGUUGAAAUUGUUCCCAAGGGCACACUUAGCUGGGGCAGUAAGUCAUCUUCUUCGUCAAAUGCUUGGGGAUCAUCAACUCCGUCUCCAAACACUGAUGGUGGUGGUGGUUCACCUAGCCAUCUGAGUGCCCGUCCUUCAUCUGGUGGCAGUGGCACACGGCCAUCAACUGCAGGUAGUGACAGAGCCCAAGAACCUGCUAAUGCAUGGUGUUCAAAUUCUAGGCCGUCAUCAGCCUCUGGGGCAAUUACUUCCAAUCAGACAUCAUUUGCAUCUUUGCGUCCUCGUAGUGCAGAAACAAGGCCUGGUAGCUCUCACUUAUCCCGGUUUGCUGAACCUGUGUCUGAGAGUUCAGGGGCCUGGAGUGCAGCUGGGACAGCAGAAAAAUUGUUAACUCUGACUGCAGAUCGUGGUUCUCAUGGCCUGCCAGGCUCAUCCUCUAGUGAAGUAGCGGCAAUGAAAGAGAGGAUCGACGCCCCUUUUGUUGGUGAUGUUUCUGUAUGUGAAAAUGUAAGGGGUGGAACUUCAAGUUCUUGGAGAAGGGAUAAUCCCCCAUAUCCUGAAGAUGGAGUUCAUCCCAGUGUGGAGAAGUGGCAUGCAGAUCCUCAAGGGCCCCACCCAUUCCCAAAUGCUGGUAUUCACCCCCAGCAUUAUGAUGCUUGGCAUGGUCCUUCAAUCAAUAAUCACCCAGGUGGUGUUUGGUAUAGAGGGCCAACAGGAGGUCGACCAUAUGGAUCCCCAGUUCCUUCUGGACCUGGUUGCUUUCCUUUGGAACCAUUUCCUUAUUAUCGACCUCAGAUUUCAGGUACUGCUCUUGCUAAUCCACAGCCUGUUCCUCCUCCAGGCGCUGGUCCAAGAGGUCACCACCCAAAAAAUGGAGAUAUGUACAGGCCCCCAAUGCCUGAUGCUUAUGUUCGCCCAGCCAUGCCAAUUAGGCCUGGCUUUUACCCCCAUCAUGUAGCCUAUGAUGGCUACUUCGGCCCACCCAUGGGCUACUGUAACCCCAGUGAACGAGAUAUACAGUUUAUGGGAAUGGCAGCUGGUCCUGCUCCUUAUAACAGGUACCCUGGUCCAAAUGCUCCCAAUAUCAGUAACGCCCAUGCCAGAGGCAGUGGAUAUGGUCAUUCAGGAAAAGCUGUGGCCUCAGAACAUGUGGAAUCUGACCAUUCUCAUGAUACAAAACAACCGUACAAGGUUCUUUUGAAGCAGCGUGAUGGUUGGGAUGGCAAAGAUGAGCGGAAAUCGGAGUAUAAUAUACCAACUAGUGUAGAGAAAGAUAGCCAACAGAAAGCAUCAUCUUGGGAAAAUGACUGGAAAGCAGAACACAGAGACAAAGAGCUGAAUUUAAGGGGGACGGUUUGUGAAGAAGCUCCUGUUGACCAAUGCAGUGAUGGUUCUGUGUCAAUGAAAGUCAAGUCACCUGAAACUGCAGAAAAUGCUAAAACAUAUGUAAACUUUUCAGCAGAGGGAAUGGAACAUCCAGCUUCUUCUUCAGAAGUCUCAGCUGCCUCAAAAGAUUCUAGUCUGAUUAAGAAAAUAGAGGGUUUAAAUGCAAAGGCUCGAGUUUCAGAUGGGCGAUAUGAUGCUACUUAUGUUUCUAAUAAGGAGGAGCAGAAAAGUAAAUCACAUGUCAAUGUGAAGCCUAUUCAUUCUUUAAAUGAAGGUGUAACUGGUUCUGGUGCUGUAUAUCCUGAUAGAAUGCAUGGUCCGGCAAUCAGUAACUCUGCCUCUAAUGAAAUUGGUACUUAUGUAGUAGACAGGAGCCUUGAUUCAACCGCUGCCAGUGGAGCAGUCAUUCCCAGGAGAUCUAGUCAUGGUGUGCAUUGUAGAACUGAUCAUCGUGACAGAGGAAGAUUCAAUUCUCAAGAGGUUGAUGGAUGGCAGAAGAAACCUACUGCUGGUUUGCAAAAUUCUAAAUUAAAUGUGCAAGAUCACUUAUCUGGGGCUGCAGAGAAGUCUGGAUACCCUCAAGCAAGGGAUGAGGGAGAACCUGUGCAAACUAUACAUGACCCAAGUGCUAACCAGGUGCAGCGUGCUAUGAGGGUGGAGGUAGCCAAACAACGUGCCAAACAACUACAGAAGGAGGAGGAAGAGCGGGAAAGAGACCAGAAGGCUAAGGCACUAGCAAAAUUGGAAGAGUUGAACAGGCGUACCCAAGCUGUGGAAAGUUCAGCACAGAGGUUAGGAGCUGAUACAUGCAGUGCUAUCCAGAAUAAGCAAGAAGGAAGUGCACCUCCUAGCAAGUUUGAAACAUCAGGUUUGGCUGUGGUUUCUAACCCAAAUGUAAUUUUGGAUGUUGGUGAAGGCAUCACUCAAGUUGAGAAGUCAACUGUUUUAUCCAAUGAGCUGCCUCCAGAGUCAACAAAGGGUGCAAAGGGGGAUUCCACUGAAGAACAUGCUCAACCUCUGACCUUACCAGAGGGUGCUAAUAAUGCUGAUCCUCCUUGCAAUAAUGCACCAGAGGUAACCAAUGGCAGUGCUCCUAAGCAGAAGCGUCUGAGCUGUAGACAAAAACAUAACAUUCCAUUGCAGAAGAGUUCCACUGAUAUAUCUGUCUCUGCCAAUACAAGUGAGGCACCAAAGGGUCAACCUGAUACAGCAGUUGAUGUUGCUUCGUCUACUGAAGUUGUUGCCAAUGAAAUUGCCUCAAACACCAUCUUGAAUUCUGCCCAAAAUAUCACGACUGAGUCCUCAAUGCAACAGAGAAGAAAGAGUGGCAAAUACAGCAGGAACAAGCACAAGGUGGAAGAGGCUUCAUCUAUGGCUGCAUUACCAUCUGGCAUGUCAGAAGAAACAAAUAUUAUAAACAAUUCAGUGGAAGGCAAAGCCAAAUCUUCUGAUUCUGAAUUGGUUUUUAACUCAGUUCAGUCUCUAAGUGAAUCUAAAGAAGCAAAUCAAUCCUUGGAGCGGAAAUCAUCUUCACCUAAUGAAGAAUUCCAUGGGAAGGUAAAUAACCAGUGGAAAACUCAGCAUUCUCGCAGGGCGGCUCGAAAUCCACAGCCUCAUUGGGCACCUGUGCGAUCACAUAACAGAAAUGAGGCCACAGAAGAAGUGAACCAGAAAAUGGAUGUUGAUGUUGGUUCUUCAUCCGUGAAGAGUGAUCCUCAAUUGCAGAAUAAUCCAAAAAACAAGAGAGCAGAGAUAGAAAGGUAUAUACCAAAGCCAGCUGCCAAAGAAAUGGCUCAGCAAGGAAUUAUUCAGCAGCACGUGGCUCCUCUAGACAAUCAAACUAGAGUUGAUGAGACUGUUUGGAGAACUGAUUCUGCUCAAGGGGCAGCAACUACCACAGAGUUGAGGAGUGGUGAUGGUAGACAGUACAGGCAAGGAAAGGGGCAUGGGCCUUGGCGCCAACGUGCCUCAGCUGAAUCAUCGAUGCAUCAUAUGCAAGAUGGACAGCCUUCCAACCCAAAUAAUAACGCUCAUAAAUCAACAUUGUACCAGCAAAACCAGAAGAUUGAUGCAAACUUAGUAAAAGAGCAGCCCAACUAUGAUGAAUGGAACUCUGAUGAUGGCUGGAACAUUCCUGACCCCCCUGAUUCUUCUAUACCAUUGUCAGUGUCUGUUGCAAGAGACCAGGGAGUGGCAGCCCGAGGAAAGCGGCAUGUGACGAAAGGACACAGAGGUAUCAGAAAGAGUCAUGAGUCUGAUCACAAGAAAUUAACCAUCAGUGAAGCUGAACCCAACACACUCUCCCCACUCGCUGAUACAAGCCAAACAGACUUCCCUGCUACUUCAAAAGAAAAUCGUGCUGGGGAUCGAACAUUGUCUUGGCAACCCAAAUCUUCAACCCCUAAUCAAGGGGGAAACAGGCCUGAUGGUAGUCAAAAUGUUGGGGCUGAAAAUGGUAAGGGCAACAGAAAAGAUUCUAACUCCCAGGGUAGGGUGCAUCUUCCACCUCAUCGACCACACAAGCAAACCAGUGAAGGUAUGGCACAGCCACAGCCUUUCAGUGAUCUAUCUGUCCCUGAGAAAGGCAAUGUUGAAGGAACCGUAGAAAUGGGGCAUCAAGAUACCAAGAGAGAAAGGAGUGUAGGAUCAACGAAAGGACGCCCUUGCUCGCCAAAUCAUGAUGCUGGUAUUCUAACUGAGCCUCCUCCAUCAAAUGUGGAAACUCAACUUGAGCAACACAUGCUAGGGUUACAUAAGAAUGGAAACCAAAAUAACCAAUUCAGUACAGAGCAAGAAUCUCAUGGAGAUUGGAGCUCGUCUGGUCAAAAACAUAACCUACCUGCAAACCGCGAUAGGUUGAGGCACAAUUCACGUUAUGAAUACCAGCCAGUUGGGCCACAAAAUAAUAACAGAGCAAAGAAUCCUGAAGGACCAAAAGAUGGUUCUCAUAAUACAGGUGGAAGGUUCAGGGAGAGGGGUCAUGGUCAUUCACGGCGUGGUGGGGGCAACUUCCAUGGACGAAGGAGUGGCAAUGAUAGAGUAGAUGGUGGUAAUGAUUGAUCAUGGAGGAGACUCAAAUAUGGGUGGAUGACAGAGGGACACCAUUAGACAGAAGAUGGUGUGUUGUGGUUUUAUUAGUGGAAAAGAAGCUCAAGGUGUUCUGCAAAGAAAAAAAAAAAAAAAACAAAAAAGAAGCUCAAGGUGGUUUUCCCAUUGCUGGAUCACACUACUUGAUGGAUUGUAGAGUUACUAGAUCCAUCACAGGGCUAGGAGAAAAGCAGAGAAGGUGCGUGGGCAAAAUGAUAUUGUCAGUUUAUCAGAGGCACUGAAAUGUGGUUUAUCUCAUUUUGUAUUUUUCUUUUUUUUUUUUUAAGGAAGUGUAAUUUGGUCUCAGCUGUUCUGCUGUGGAACCUUUUUGCAUAUUUCUUUGUGCCUUUGUUCUGGGAAUCAAGUGGUGAAGGUGUUUCGCAGUUCUCCAUUUCACUUUGGCAUCCCUGUCUGUAUUGUGGCCUCCGGUUUCCAUCGGUCUUGGCAUUUGCAUGAACUUUUGGGCUCAUUUCUUUUUGUGCGAGAGAAAUUGAGUGUGCUUAGCUAUCAUAAAUUCAUAAGAACUAUGGAGGGUGGAUCUUGACCUGGCUAUUGAGAAUUAAGAUUGUAUAGCUAU